AUGUCUCUAUGGGUUGACAAAUACCGUCCAAAGACGAUCUCAAAAUUAUCACAUAAUGAUUCAUUAACUGAAUUUUUAACUUCAUUGACUGUUCAAGCUCGUGAUUUACCACAUUUACUAUUAUAUGGUCCAAAUGGUAGUGGUAAAAAGACUAGAUGCAUGGCCUUGCUGGAGGCAAUCUUUGGUCCAGGUGUCUAUAGAUUAAAAAUCGAUGUUAGACAAUUUGUUACACCAUCAAAUAAAAAAUUAGAAUUAAACGUGGUUAGCUCACCAUAUCAUUUGGAAAUUACACCAAGUGACAUGGGUAAUAAUGAUAGGAUUGUUAUCCAAGAAUUAUUAAAAGAAGUAGCUCAAAUGGAACAGGUGGAUUUCCAAGAUUCAAAAGAUGGUUUAGCUCAUAGAUACAAAUGUGUAAUCAUCAAUGAAGCUGAUUCAUUGACAAGAGAUGCACAAGCCGCUUUAAGACGUACAAUGGAAAAAUAUUCCAAAAAUAUUAGAUUGAUUAUGAUUUGUGAUUCUAUGUCUUCCAUUAUAUCUCCAAUAAAGUCCCGUUGUUUAAUGAUUCGUUCUUCAGCUCCAACUGAUGAGGAAAUUGUUAAUAUACUAAAAGAUAUCGCCGAAAAGGAAGGUGUCACAGUUGCAUCUGAUGACAUAUUAAAGAAAGUUGCAAUUGAGGCAGAUGGUAAUUUAAGAGUUGCCAUUUUAAUGUUAGAGUCCAUGGCAUUAACAAAUGAACUAUCAUUAAAAUCAAACACUGUAAUAAUAAAGCCAGAUUGGUUAGUUGUUAUAUUAAAACUAGCCAACAAAAUUCAACGAGAAAGAUCGGUAGCGUGCCUUGUCGAGUGCCGUGCUGUAUUAUAUGAUUUAUUAGCACAUUGUAUUCCCGCAAGGGUCAUUUUAGAAAAUCUUACAUUUGCAUUAUUGAAACAAUCAGGAAACUCAUCUUCUGUUAAGGCAGACAUCAUAAAUAUUGCAAGUAUAUUUGAUGAAAGAUUAUCAUUAGGUAAUAAAGUCAUCUUCCAUUUGGAAGGUUUCAUCGCCAAAGUCAUGGUUGCAUUAGAUAAAUCAUAA